CGAUGGAAAACGAAGCGAGAAAAGAGAGAAAGAAAAGAAAGAAGGAAGGAGGGAAAGAAAGCGAUUGAAGAAGAAAUUGGCAGGCGGUACGCGUGGGUUGACGGAUAGACGGGCAGAGUAGGUUAGCAUCUCGAGUCCGCGCUCUGCGUCCGAGCGUCGCGACGCGAAUGCCGCGAGAUACUUUGGCCAGUAUCGUGCAAGCGCGCGUCCCGUGCCGAUCGUGCGAUAUCGCGUGAUCCCCGAUCUCUCCUUCCAACGCCUUCGCGUCCAGACACGUACGCACAUUCGCAUAUUCGAUCUGGCCGUUUGCAAGGAUCGACGAAACGAGCUUUCAAUGAAAUUGCAGACGUGACGAAAUGUUUUGAAACUGGUAGAAUUCGGCCAAACGAAGAGGAAUAGAUAGCACGGUCGCGGGGAACGUCAAUUCCAAUGAAGAUCAUCGAAAGCAUCGGUGAAACUGGUGUGACUGUGAACAGAAGCAUUCUUGUCCUCGUUCCAGAUGGCGGACAUCUGAAAAUAAUUUUCUCCUAGUCCUUCUGGACGUACCCAACAACGGUUCACGGAAGUGGCACUUGAAGCCAUAUCUAUCUAUCUAUAUAUCCCGUGGACCCGCGGAUCUUCCAUUGCAUUCUCGUUAAUACGAUGUUUUCUCUCUCCUUCCGAUUCAUUGUGUACGCGUGCACUCGCGGAGCCGAGCUUUAUCGACACAGAGGAGAUGUUUGACAAAGGAUAAUCCUCGGUUUCGUUUGUGGCUCGGAUAGAGGUGGAUCUUUUCGCGGAAUGCUGUCCAAGAACUUUCGCGUAUCCAAUUUCGAGUCCGAGUUUCUUCUUUUGGGAAUAUUUAUGAAUUAUUCUUAAGGUAUACCGUUUGUCGGUAAGGAUAAGAUGUAAGAAUUCGUAAAGUGGAUAUUAGAGGAUGGGAUAUUAAGAAAUCUAUUAAGAAACUGAUUGCACGGAUUGUUCAAGAUUUAUCUUGGGAGAGGAGUUUCCCUUUUUUUUCUUUUUAUAAAGAAGAAAAGAAACAUCGAUGAUGGUUAAAAAGCGAGAGUGAAAAAAUGAAGAGGAGAAGAGGAAUCGAAACCAAGGAAAUUUCGUUGUCCAAGUUUAUAUAUUUAUAUAAAUAUAUAAGUUAAAAUAUUUUCGAACAAAUGAAAUAGAGCGAUAUUUAAUUCGAUCAAGAUACCUAUCAAUCGUGAUAAAAAAUGUUGGUUUGGUAACUUAUAAGAAUCCUGAGGAGGAUUCCUUCGCAACAACAAAGUUUAUAGCGAGAGGUAAUUACUUAGAGGUGAAGGUCUGGAAUCGUAAAAAGAAUACAAUGGGGAUAAUGCCACUUUCAUUACAAGAAAACGUGAUAGGAAAACAUGAAUAGAUUCGCCAGAUUUCGCGCAUAAAAAGAAAGAAGGAAAGAAUCUCGGUUAGGUUACUAGUGGAAUGGCGUCGAUUCAAGAAAGAAGAAAUGCAAUACAUUCGUUGCCACGUAAAAUUAUGUAACGUGCCCUCGUCGAAAACGAGCGAUCGUUUCCCAAAUGAGGACAGAGGAAUGUAAUUGGGGAAAAAGCCGGAUGGACCCUGAUCGAAAAAUGUUUGAAACGUGUCGAUGUCGGUGAAAAAGGUGUAUAGUGCGUACGUAGAGCGUAACUCGCGAAAGGAAAAACAACAAUGCGAAUCGAAUGAAUUGAAUCCAGAUGGACAACGGGUAAUCACUUAGUAGUCGAAUGGAAGCCUGUUAGAGGCGUUGGUGCGUGAAAUAGAAGUGGAAGUGAAGAGAAUUGUGUACGAGUCAACCAGAGUUGUUCCUCCCCCCUCACAUAAUUGUAGAAACAACAUUAUUAUUAUUAUCGAUACCCCUAUUACGAAAAUAAUGAAACAUGUGCUCCUAGAUACCUUUUCCCGAAAUUAACAUACAGAAACAAAAAUGGAUCAGAGAUUAGAGAUUGGUGAGAAGUGAAAUUAAUUUUAGUAAUGAAGUUUCUAUGGAGAAUAAGAAGAUUGUUUUGAACGAUUGAAAUGGAUGUGAAUCGUGAUAGGACGUGUACUAUAUUAUAGAAGUGCCGUUAUAUGUAAAAAUUUUCAAUGUGUAAAAAACAAUAGUUAAUAAUAAUAAUAAUAAUAAUAGAAAAUAUAUCGCGUCUUUAAACGAAAUUUAAACAAACAGUGAAAACAAUUUUUACAGGUGUACCGUAGGGUUCCUAAAUAAGAAAGAAAAAAUUAAUACACCUAAUAAUAAUAUAAAAUUAAUUAAUAAAGUAAAGAUUGCAUGUGUCGAAAAUGUGAAAAGUGUGGAGAUAUUGCUGAAAGUGAUAUAUUAAAAUAAAAUUUAAAAUAAAAAAUGCAGACCAUAGAAGUUUUUUUAAAUUCCACCGUCUCCGAUCCGUGGAACGUCUCUUUAUUGAUGGAGAAUUACACUUACCACAAUAACACGAAUAUCACGGAUUUACAAUUAAGAAAUCAAUUCAUACUUCCAUGGUGGAGACAAAUGAUAUGGACGUUAUUGUUCGCCGGUAUGAUCAUAGUUGCAACCGGUGGUAAUCUGAUAGUGAUUUGGAUAGUAAUGGCCCACAAACGGAUGCGGACAGUCACUAAUUAUUUCUUGGUAAACUUGAGCAUCGCGGAUGCCAUGGUAUCCACAUUGAACGUCACAUUCAAUUACGUCUACAUGUUGAACAGCCAUUGGCCUUUUGGCACGCUUUACUGCAAGAUUUGCCAGUUCAUUGCUGUCCUCACCAUAUGCGCCAGCGUCUUCACUUUAAUGGCGAUUUCCAUCGACAGAUACAUGGCCAUAAUGAACCCUUUGAGGCCGCGCAUGGGUAAAAGGGCGACGAUUUGCAUAGCCAUCGUUAUUUGGAUCGUGGGGGCCGUCUUGUCGCUGCCGAUGCUACUCUUCUACAGGACUUACACCCAAAAUUUCGUGAACGGAGAAGUACGGGUUGUCUGCUACGGCGAUUUCCCGAACAGGGACGACAAUGGCCUCAGUUACGACGAAUACCUGUACAACGUGAUCUUCAUGGUGUUGACGUACGUCUUGCCAAUUGGAUCGAUGACAUUCACGUACGCAAGAAUCGGUUUGGAGCUGUGGGGCUCGCAAAGCAUCGGCGAAAACACCGCGGGCCAAUUGGAGGGCAUAAGGAGCAAACGAAGGGUGGUAAAAAUGAUGAUCGUGGUGGUACUAAUAUUUGCGAUAUGUUGGUUACCUUUUCACGUGUACUUCAUCAUAACGUCGUAUUUUCCGGAGGUUACGAAUGAAUCGUAUAUCCAAGAAGUUUUCUUGGGUAUUUACUGGCUUGCGAUGUCUAACAGCAUGUAUAAUCCCAUAAUCUACUGUUGGAUGAACUCCAGAUUUCGACGCGGAUUCGCCCAUUUUUUCUCGUGGUGCCCUAUGGUGAAAGUUCCGCCCGAGCCUUCGUUAUCACGAUCGGAGGCGUUAACGUCGCGAUAUAGUUGCACAGGAAGUCCUCAGACCAACACAAGGAUAUCACGGAACGGUACACCGCGAAUACAUAUGUGUCUACGAUCGAGAGGGGGAAACGAUCGAUUUUUGGCCGAGCAUCGAGGAAGGAAGUGGAAAACCUCGCAAACUACGGGUCACGUGUCUUGACAGGAAGAAGAAAGCCCUCAGCAACGAGUACAUACCUGGAUAUAAGAGUACAUAUCCAUAAGAAGUCGACCUCUUCGAUAUUCAUCGCGAAUGAAACUAGAAGAGAUUGAAAACCGAUAAAUUCUAGAUCUUCUUUUAUCCACGCAGACCUGUUAUGAUCAGAUCAGACCAGAAAGCUCAAAUAAUUGUUCACUAUGUUCAAUAAAAACGUUAACUAUUCGCUAUUAGAAUAAAUAUUUCCGUUUCGAUGUAAACUACGCUGAAUCGAGCUUCAACGCGACGACGAGAAUCGAAAAAUUCAUAAAAAAAAUGAUCUUUCUCAAUUUUUGUUUGUUCAAAAGAAUAAAUAAAUACUCUUGCAUUUUCAUUUUUUAUCGAUAGAUUUGAUAGAUAAAAAUUCUUUUAAAAACAACUAAUUUUACGAAUUAUUAUACGAUUGCGAUAAUAAUUAUAUUGCCAAACAAAUUAUAAAGUUGUGCACUUUAUGAUUCUAACAAGAAUCUUCUUAUUUAAAAGAUUUAUUUGGAAUGUGAUUAAACUUUGUUUCAUACGUUUAACUAAAUGAAAAAAUAAAAUAUAAUUUUCUUUUUUUUUUCCUAUAGCGUAAUAUAAGAAGAUGAAAUGUUAAUUUUAUAUUAAAAUAUACUUAGUUAUAUUAUAUACAAGUUAAAUUGUUUAGUGUAUGUAUAUAUAAACAUUAAUGGACCAAUAAUCUACCUAUUGCUAUCUGCAUACGUUUAUGAAAAAAUUUCCUUUUUCUAACAAAGAUAGAAUCUUAAUGAAAAUUUAUAAGAACAUAGAUCAUGAUAUAGUAGUUUAAUGUGUGCAGUUUUGUAAAACAUAAACUGCUUAAUUAAUUCUUCCUAUUACUAAGUGUUCCUACUGUGUAUUGGUAUAAUAACUCUAAUAGGAAAGAAUACUAAUUUUCAUUGAACAAAAAUGUUUUCUAUUUCAGAUGAUAGUUUCUUUAAAAAUGAAAAAUCUAUAUUCUUAAUGGAAUUUUGCUACUUAAACAAGCUUGUAUCUUGUUUGAUUUUGAUCAAAUAUUAUUAUUUAAAAAAAAAAAUAACGAAAAUAUAUUAUAAUUAAUAUAAAAAGUGGAUAAUGUUCUAUUACAAUUUAAAAAUAGUUAUGAUAAACAUUUUUGUUCUAAAAAUAAACAAAUGUAUUUGUAAAUAAUUUAUGGAACAAUUAUUUUAUUGAAAAUAUAUUUACUUAAUUGUUUGUAUAAUCUGAUUGUAUCUUAAUAUUUAAUUUAGCAAUAAUUUAUAAUUUUUUUUCAAUUUUCAAAGAAAUAUAAUAAAAUUCUUAAAAUUUUUGAGCGAAA